UUUAAAACGCUUUUAAUAUAAAAAACAACAUUAAUAAAAACUUAGAUAGUUUUUUCAUAUCCAUAAGUUAUGUUAUAUAUAGCUAUACUUAUAAUUAAUCAUGUAAUCAUUUGUCUUUAUUAAUCAUAUUUAAAGUUUAAGAAGAAAGAGCUUCCAAUCUCAAAUUGAUUACUCUCUACUAUGGAUGACAUACUAUGGCAUCCGAUAAUGUCUGCCAUAUUCCAUUAGGGUUCAUCACUUUAGCGUAAUCAGUCGACCGGCACACAUAGCUCUGCCUUAGCCUUUACAUUCAGUUACUCAGAAGGAUACACCAUAACUCACAUUUAUAAUCAUAAUACGUGUUUAUAAAAGGUUCAAAGGUUACUUUAAGGUCACACACAAUGAUAAUUUAUGAAUUUUUAAACGCUUAAUGUCAGUGUCAAACUAGAAUAGCAAAGCUCAUCAAGUAUCAACUUGAUCGAAGUGGGUACACAAUUAUGAAUCAACUAUAAUACAAUCAAAAUAAUGUAUGAGAACCCGGAAUUGGAAGUAGGAAGUCAUAACCAAACAAGAGAACUUUACAUUAAAAACGCAAGUUGAAUAGAAGUUAGACGGAACCAGCCAUCGUUGUAAUAACGUCACGAUAAGAUAAAAAGAUUUCAAAAUACUGAAAUGCUUAAAAGGUUUGGUUUGUCUCCGCCUACGCGAGACAUAAUAUGGCUUAAACUAAGUCCCUAGCAGUGGUUACUAAACAGGUUUUUUGUUUAAUAAAUUUCACAUUAUAUCGUCAGUUCGGAUGACACGGUGGCCUUGACAUAUGAUGCGUUGCGCAGGUAAGAGGUGCCUAUCUUCUGUUGGUAGCCGUGGUUGGGAUGAGUGUGCCGGCAGCCAUCGGCCUUCAAACACAAAUUAACAAAUUAGUAUACAACAACAAUGGACUCGGCACCUACAGUUUUGAGUUCGAAACAUCAGACGGGACGUACAGACGAGAAAAUGGUGGUAUGGUCCCCAAACCUGAAGGAGACGGUUUGGUCGUUCGUGGAGAAUACGGGUAUAUAGAUCCUCAGGGCCGCCACUACACUGUAAGAUACAUUGCCGACGCCAACGGGUUCCAACCAUUAAACGACAUUGAGGACACUAGGUUCAAUGAUAGAAACAUUGUUUAA